AUGACUGUCGCAGAAGAAAAUGUCACUCGUUUGCCGUUGGUCGAGAAAUACCGACCGAAAGAUCUCUCUGAACUGGUAUCUCACACUGACAUUAUAUCAACCAGUAAGUGUUUCUUUUAAAAUGUUAUUGGUUUAGUUAAAAAGAUGAUUCGUGAUAACCGGGUUCCUCAUUUCUUGUUUUACGGACCUCCAGGCACUGGGAAAACGUCUACAAUAUUGGCAAUGGCUCAUGAGUUAUACGGAAAGCUGGAAUAUAGAAGCAUGGUUCUUGAAGUGAGUUUAUAAACUUGAGAUUAAGGUUUGAGCUUUUUUAUGCACUUUGUUAUUAAAUUCGUAAUUUAGGUAACAAAACGAUUAUUUUUUAAGUUUAGAGUACUUGUCUUAAACUUUGUGGUUAAAAAUCUUUAUUUUUAGUUGAACGCAUCUGACGAUCGUGGAAUCGAAACAGUCAGAGGAAAGAUUAUCCGUUUUGCCGAGAAUUCAGCUAUGGGCUUUGGGCCAUCCGAAGACGGAAAGUUUAAACUGAUUGUGUUGGAUGAAGCAGAUUCGAUGACAAAAGAUGCUCAAAAUGCUUUGAAAAGGGUAAUUGAAAAGUACUCGAAAAAUGUUAGAUUCUGUUUGAUUUGCAAUCAUCUAUCUAGCAUUAUUCCGGCUAUUCAAUCUAGAUGUACCAGGUAUGUUAAGGUUUGAAAACUUUGACUUUUAGUGUUAUCUUGUAUUGACUUUUAGUAUCAUGUUUUUAAACUUUUAUACUGCUGACGACAUUCACAAUGAAAAUCUGAGAAUUUGUCAAAUUUUAAUUUCAGAUUCCGAUUCCCACCGUUAAAAGAAGACCAAAUCAAACCUCGAUUGGAUUUCGUGGUUAAGAACGAAGGUUUAUCUGUGACUGAAGAUGGCAAGAAGGCUUUAUUUGAGCUUUCUGGAGGUGAUAUGAGGAAGAUAUUGAAUGUUUUGCAAUCUACAUAUCUGGCAUUUGGAGAAGUUACGGAAAAGAAUAUUUAUGCUUGUGUUGGACAGCCUAACCCGGAAAUCAUAAAGAAGAUCAUCCACAGUGCCAUGAAUGAUAGUGGUGAAGAGGCUAUUAGAAGUAAGGAGUUUAAAAUUGUUUUUAAAACAGCUUUUUAUUGAAAAAACAUUGCAAAUUUUUCUUGUAUUGGGUUUUAGUUGAAUCCAUCUGACGAGUUAGCUUAUUUUUUAAAGGUAGUAAAACAUAAAUUUUUAGCUAUUAAACGUCUCCUCAAAGAAAACGCUCUCUCUAUGGCGGAUGUGUUAGAGAACAUGGCAGAUCUUGUCCUGGCAACCGGCUUCAAAGAGAACAUUGCUGCCCACUUGAUUAUGGAGUUGUCCAAGAUUCAGGUGAAUGUCACAAUGGGAGCGUCAGAGAAUCUUCAAAUGAAUGCUAUGGUUGCAGCGUUCGUAUGUGCGCGAGAAGGAACUUUUAAGCUUUAA